UUAUAUAUUUUUUUUUUCAUUCCGUUUCAGUGAAGUAGACAGCUGUUAACUUGUAACCCGAGAGGGAGUUCUACGGAAGAAGACAGGUUCCUAGACAAGAGGACCGAGUUGCUCUCGCAUCCCAAACAACUUAUCAUUCUUUGCCUUAUGCAGCUCACAAGAGACGCAUGGACAUGGAGCAAACUAGAAGGGACCAUCUUCUCCAGAACAGUAAUAGAAAAAAUUUCUUGCUUGGUUCCCCGAUUCUCUUCUUCAUCGUCUACGGUGCAACUCAACUUAUUCGAGUCUCACCAUGGACUGGCCACCUACAUUUCCUCGUUACAAAGCUGUGCCCACCACAAAAAUCUCACCAGAGGCAAACAAAUUCACUCCAGCAUGCUCACCAAUGGCUUCCUCAACUCUCCUCUAUCCAUCACCAGCCUGAUCAACAUGUACUCCAAGUGCAACCGAAUGGAAGAUGCAGUUCUGGUCUUUAAUUAUCGAAGUAAUGAUCAGAAUGUGUUUGCCUAUAACUCAAUCAUUUCUGGUUUUGUUUCAAAUGGGCUUGCGGAAGAUGGUUUUGAGUUUUAUAAGCAUAUGAGGUGGGUGGGUGUUAUGCCGGACAAGUUUACCUUUCCAUCUGUGGUCAAAACUUGUUGCGAUGUUAUGGAGGUUUUGGAGGUUAGGAAGAUUCAUGGGUUGUUGUUUAAACUUGGGUUGGAGCUGGAUAUGUUUGUCGGAAGUGCUUUGGUUAAUACUUAUUUGAAAUUUGGGUUAAUGGAAGAAGCACAGGAGGUUUUUGAGGAAAUGCCAGUGAGGGAUGUUGUGCUUUGGAAUGCAAUGGUUAAUGGUUAUGCGCAAAUUGGGAGGUAUGAGGAGGCUUUGGAGACUUUUAGGACAAUGGGAAGAAAAGGGGUUGUUCCUAGUAGGUUUACCAUUACUGGUGUCUUGUCGGUUUUAGCUUUGUUUGAGGAGUUCAAUAAUGGGAGGGCAAUUCAUGGAAUAGCAAUGAAAAUGGGGUAUGUUUCUGGUCUUGCAGUUUCCAAUGCAUUGAUUGAUAUGUAUGGAAAAUGCAAGUGUAUUGGAGAUGCUUUAGAUAUUUUUGAGAUGAUGGAUGAGAAAGAUAUAUUUUCAUGGAACUCGAUCAUAGCUGUUCAUGGACAAUGCGGUGAUUAUGAUGGUACUUUAAGACUUUUUGAUAGGAUGUUAGGUGCUGGCGUGCGGCCUGAUUUGGUUACUGUCACAGCAGUCUUACCUGCUUGCUCUAAUCUGGUUGCAUUAAUGCAUGGACGACAGAUUCAUGGGUAUAUGAUAGUCAAUGGUUUUGAAAAGGAAGCCAAUAAUAAAGAUAGGGAUGAUGUGCUUGUCAAUAAUGCUGUUAUGGACAUGUAUGCUAAGUGUGGGAGUAUGAGAGAUGCUCAUUCGGUUUUCAAUAAGAUGAGCAACAAGGAUGUAGCAUCCUGGAACAUCAUGACAAUGGGUUAUGGCAUGCAGGGUUAUGGUAACGAGGCAUUACACCUGUUUUCUUGUAUGUGUGAGGCACAAAUAAAGCCCGAUGAAAUCACAUUUAUUGGGGUAUUGUCUGCUUGCAGCCAUGCAGGCUUCGUGAGACAGGGUCGUGAGUUCUUGAUGCUUAUGAAAUUGAAGUAUGGUUUGGAUCCAACUAUUGAGCAUUAUACUUGUGUUAUUGACAUGCUGGGUCGAGCUGGGCAGCUUGAGGAGGCUUACAAACUAGCACGAACAAUGCCUAUUGAGGCCAAUUCUGUGGUGUGGAGAGCUUUGCUAGCAGCAUGCCGGCUACAUGAUAAUGCUGACCUUGCUGACAUUGUUGUAAGAGAGAUAUUUAAACUUGAGCAAGGGCACUGUGGAAAUUAUGUAUUGAUGUCAAAUAUAUAUGGAGUAAUUGGGCGAUAUGAAGAGGUGUCAGAAAUUAGACAUGCAAUGAGGCAACAAAAUGUGAAAAAGACACCAGGAUGUAGCUGGAUUGAACUCAAGAAUGGUGUCCAUACUUUCAUUACGCGUGAUCGGACCCAUCCUGAAGCCAAACUUAUAUAUGUUGCAUUAAAUUCAUUGACUGCUCGUCUACAUGAGUAUGGAUAUAUGCCUGACCUCUAACAUUGGGUUUCUUCUGAAAGUAUACCAUCGGAUUGUGUCGAUGGAAAACUCUGAUUAUUUUGCCUGUGAUAAAUGGGAAAGAAGGCAAAUUAACAUUGUGCAGAAAAUGAAAUAGUCCCUUUUUUUA